CGCCGCCGCGCAGCGAGGGUGAGACCCCAGCGGAAUCCCAUUCCCUCCCGUAAACUCCCAGCAGCCAGACUGGGAACGCCAGCUGACUCCCGGGGAAGUCCAAGAAAAACUUUGGGGAUCUGUCGAGAGGCUGGGUCUUCUAGAGGCCUGGGAUUUGGUGAGGCCCUCCUGUGCCCAGCUGCUGUCAGAAUCCAUCCCGGAUCUCAAAGGCAACCCCGACCUAGGACAUCCCUCAGCUUUCUAGUGUGACCUUAGACUUUGUCAUGAUGUCAGGGCUGAACUCUGACUGGCCCCACGAGGGGGAGAGCCUCAGCCCUCAGGAGCCAGGUCCGUCAGUCAACUCAGACAGUGACCCAGGCCACUUGCCAGAGGAGCACCCUGAGGAGACUUCUGCUCAGGAUCCUAAAGUUCUGAGCUUGGGGCUCCCUGGCCUGGACACCAGCAGGGCCUCCAACUGGCCUGGGCUUCGGAUCCUCCUGCAGCAGCUGCCUCCGCAGGACAGUGAUGAGCGCUACUGCCUGGCCCUUGGGGAGGAUGAGCUGGCCGAGCUGCGGCUCUUCUGUGCCCAGCGGAGGCGGGAGGCCCUGGGACAGGGGGUGGCCUGCCUGGUACCUCCCAAGCUGGCAGAACACACCUGUGAGAAGUGCAGGGAGCCGCUGAGGCCAGGGGAGUACAGAGUGUGCGCAGCCCCGGCCGGAGAAACGCGCGGCUGGCACCCGGCGUGCUUUGCCUGCCAGGCCUGCGGCCAGGCCCUGCUACACCUCAUCUACUUCUCCCACGACGGGCGUCUCUACUGCGGCCGUCAUCAUGCAGAGCUGCUGCGGCCGCGCUGCCCGGCUUGCGACCAGCUGAUCUUCUCCCCGCGCUGCACCGAGGCGGAGGGACGGCGCUGGCACGAGAACCACUUCUGCUGCCAGGACUGCGCCGGGCCCUUGGGCGGCGGACGUUAUGCCUUGCCGGGGGGCCGCCCCUGCUGCCCCCGCUGCUUUGAGAGUCGCUAUUCGAAUGCCGGCUCGAGCCAGGCCCAGACACUGGAAGGGAGGGCGCCGCUUGGGAAGGCGAGAUUCGACAGAGUUGAAGAGGGAGACUGCGUCCCGCUGGACGCCGCUACCAUCUCCCGGGCAGCCGUUCUCGCCGCUGCCUCCUGCUCCAGUCCGGAAACCCAGAGGGGGCGGCUUCGAUCCAGUCCGGAGCAGGAGGGUCGAGCUGGGGACGAGGCGGAGGCACCCACCAAAGGGCGGGAGCGGGGCCGCCUGGAGACGCCCCUCGAUGCCAAGGAGGACGCCCCCUGCCCCACCUGCUCGUCUUCUUCUGACUCGGAACCCGAAGGCUUUUUCUUAGGUCAGCGCCUUCCCGGUCCAUGGAAGACCCCCGGAAGCCUCCAGGCUGGGCACAGCGACACCUCCAGGAAGCACUGCACCAUUUGCUAAUGGCGCAGCCCGGAGAAGGGGGAGGGGAU